CCCAUAGAUGUAAAAAGAGUGAGUGAGAGCUUGUUUAAACUACAAAAAACCCACAUAACCUAUACCACAAAACUGGUACAAAAACAUUGGAAAUGUUGAAAAUACAAACAUUUAUGUUGAACGAGACUAAACUGGUUGAAUGGAAACUUUCAAUGAUUGCUGUUGUUUGCUUACAUUCGCCUCCACUCUAUUGAUGUUUCCUUCCAGAAAAUCAGCCCCUUGAAUUUUUAAUGUCAUUAAGCCUGAAUGUGGACUGAUUAUUGCUUAUUGCCAGGUGAUAUUCGGGGUACUUUCAUUGUUGAUCAUAGCAGUCUUAAACCAGUAAUGUUAAAUUUUUACGUCGCUGUCAGAUACCCCUAAAAUACUUGGUGAUUUUCAAAAUUAGUAAACCCCAUGAACCAGUAUGUAUUCUACGACUUUGAGGGGCGUUUUCCCCGAACCAAAACCUGUUUAUAGGCGAAAUUUCAUUAAGGAGAAUGUAAAGUCCAUAAAGCAAAUGCAAGGCAUCCUGCAGGAAGCAGGCGUAAUCCAGCCGCGCAAACGGUCCAUUCAGGGUAGAUACAGAAACGUCCCCCAACUGAGCCAGUCGAGGGAAAGUACGGCGAGUCGGAGUCUAGGAAAUUUGACUAAAACUGAUGCAAAAUCGCAAGCCACUGAGGCGAAGCCGCCUCCAAAACAGCCCACUAGCAUCAGGCCUCAACCGCAUAAAGCAGCCAAAGUGAAACAGCCAAAGAGAAGAGACAUUUCAACGCCAGAAGACAAUGGAAGACUCACCCAUCGGGGCAUGCAAACCGAGAGGGAAGAAGACAUGUCCCGCUUGUACGACACAGGCGUUAUCAAGUACCCCAGCCCGAGCGCACUAUCGCAUGCGAAAAAACCAAUCCAAGGCGGCCAAGGAGAUCAGCCUCAAGCAGGCCUAAGUGAGGAUCUGGAGAAUCUAACUUUUGAGGACAAGGACUUUAUCAAGGAGAACAAAACCAUUAAGACUAAGCCUCCCAAGCAAAGCCCUGUGAAGGUCUUAGCCCAGGCGCCCCCGAGCUACCAACGCGGGGUUGUUCCCAAAUAUUUGCGGGAUCGAAAGGACGACGCGCCUGUUGAGACUGAUGCUGACUGUCCACCUGGGCACAUUCUCUUGCCUGAAGAGGAGAGGAAGGAAACGUUAAGGGUGCUAAGACAAAGUUACGCGGAUAGAAUACAAGAACUGAACAUGAUGCCCGUCAGGAAUGAUACCCUGAAAAUGAAGAAAAGGAAAAUGGACAUUGAGGAGGAAUUGAAGAGGAUCGAUGGCGGCAUCAAAGUGUUUCAAAGACCGAAAGUGUAUGUUAAAAUAAAUGCUUAAAGCGCGUGUCAAUAAAUAUAUCAAAGCGCA